AAUAAAUUAAAAUGAAUCAUCUUACAGGAGUUGACGCUGUUCUUAAUGCAGCCAGUGCUAGUACUCCAGUCCCAUCAAACAUUGAUUCCACAUGGGUGUUGAUUACAUCCUUUAGUGCUUUAUUAACAAUAUUGGGAUUCGCCUUCAUCAGUUCAGGAGCAGUGAGAUACAAGUCUGUGCAAUCGGCAGUUAUCACAGUCUUAUUGGGAGCAGUGAUUACCAUAUUAUUUUUCUGGCUUGUAAGAAAAUCUAAAAAUACAUUUUGAUUAGUUAGGAUAUGGAUUUGCAUUUGGAGAUGACAAAGGAAAUAAGUUCAUUGGUUUGAGUAGAUUUGCUGGAGCUGGAUAUGGAGUGGAUGCAUCAAGAGAUGAUUACACAAAUUUAAGUAAGCUAAUAGUCACUAUUUAUUUAAUUAGUUUUCUAGAGUGUUGGAGCAAUAAUAGUUUCAUCAUUGUUUGGAUUGGGAACAUUGGAAAGAUCCAGAUUUUUCUCAGUCAGUGUUUGUUUGGCUGUUAUUUCAGGCUUCUUAUAUCCAACUGCAUUGCAUUGGAUUUAACCAACAGGCUGGUUAAGUAAAUUUGGAUUCAUUGAUUUUGCUGGAUCCAGUUAUAUCCACUUUUUCGGUGGAGUGACAGCCUUGGUUGUAUCAAUCUUCUUGAAGGAAAGAAGAGAUUAAGCAGGAAAUGUUCAUCCAGGCAUCUUCCCUCAUCAUUCUCCAAUCAACAUUGGUUAUGGAUCAAUAAUCUUAAGUGUUGCCACACUCAUUUUCAUUAACGGUGCAAAUCAAGAGGGCAAAUCAGAUAAAUAUGAACAAGGAUUGAUAGCAGUUAACACAUUGAUUGCAGCUACCUUCUCAGCCUUGACAAGUUUCAUUGCUUAAUAUUUGAAAACACACAAAACAAGUUUGAUUGCUAUUGCAAGAGGAAGUGUUGCUGGUAUUGUUGCCAUCUCAGCAAUUGCCAACGAUGUUAGAAUUUGGGAAUCUGCAUUGACUGGAACCCUCGCUGGAUUAGUGUAUAUUGUACUUAUUCUUGUCAUCAAAAGAUCUCAUGUUGAUGAUCCUGCUUAUACUUUGGCUACUCAUCUAGUAAUAUAUAUAAUUUAUCAAUCAAUAGGGACCAGGAUUAUUGGGUACUCUUUUAGUUGGAGUGUUGACACUCAGCAAUGGAUUCGUAACUGGACAUGGAUUCAAAUAAUUUGGAUUAUAACUUGUAGGUGUCUUGGCAUUCUUAGGAUGGGGAUUGUUAAUUGCUUUAUUCGUUAUCCCAUUGAAGGGAACUGGAGUCUUUAAGAUUAAUCCCUUCUAAGAGUCCAAAGGAAUCGAUACCAGUUAUGGUAAUUAAUUUCCAUAAUUAUAUUUUAGCUGAAGGAGAAGCUAUUUAAUUCAUUGAUGAACAACCAGAACCAACUCUUUUAAGUAGUAUUCCAAAGAAGGGAAUCUUCCAAUGACUAAUAAAUCAUUAAAUUUUCAUGCAUUAAGAUAACAAUAAUUAGCUUAUUUACUUU